AUGACAAAAUCACCGGCUCAAGAAAAUAACAUGGACUAUCGAGAUCAUAAGAGUUCAACGUUACUUGCUUCAACAGCCAUUGAUCGUUUAACUGAUAAACUUCGUCGACUAGAAAAUGAACGUUGUAGUUUAAAUUUACAAGUUCAAGUUUUGACCGAACAACUUGAACUUCAACAUGAUACAAUUAAUGAAUUUG